UUUGAGCAAUAUUUGAUACAUUGAGGAACACAAACUUUGAAAUAUAUGGUUAUGUUCAAAUAUGAUCUCAAAUUAUAAUACAAAUAUAUAAUACAAAUAGUGAAUAAUGGAAGAAAUUCGAAAAUCUCGUGUUAUUCUUGAAGAAUAUGGUAUACCAAAUGCUUCUGAAUAUACACAUUAUCAAUCUCAACAGGAUUGGAAUUUAAGUAAUUUUAAAAAGGAAUUCAAAAUACAAGUUAUGAGAGAAUCUGAAGAUACUAGAGAGCUAGAAUUUGAUUUAAUAGGUUAUCCUGUUGGGUUUGCUAAUGCAUUUCGUAGAGUUCUCUUAAGUGAAGUACCAACCAUGGCUAUAGAAAAAGUUUAUAUUGUGAAUAAUACAAGUCUGAUUCAAGAUGAAGUUUUAGCUCAUAGAUUGGGUUUAAUACCACUUCGAGCUGAUCCAAGAUUAUUUGAAUAUCCUUCUUCUACUGCUAAAGAUCAAGAUGAAGUUAGUGAUCAAGAUACAUUAAGAUAUGAACUUAAAAUAUCAUGUACUUGGAAUUCUCAAGCACCUAAAGAUUCUCGAAGGACAAAUGAUAUGUAUAGAAAUAGCAAUGUAUAUAGUAGAGAUAUUAAAUGGGUUCCUAUUGGACAUCAAGCAGAACUCUAUCCUCGAGGAACAGAACAAUUAAGUGUUUUAGAAAAUGAUAUUUUAAUAUGUAAAAUGCGUCCAGGACAAGAAAUUCAUGCUUUUAUGCAUGCAGUUAAAGGAAUUGGGAAAGAUCAUGCUAAAUUUUCUCCUGUAGCUACAGCAUCAUACAGACUAUUACCAGAUAUACAAAUAAUAAAACCAGUAAAAGGAGAAAUGGCAGAUCGUUUAAAAAAUUGCUUUAGCAUUGGUGUUAUAGAAGUAAUUGAAAAUAAACCUGGUGAUCCAGAUUCUCGUGAAGCAAGAGUAAAAAAUCCUCGUUAUGAUAGCUGUUCUAGAAAUGUGUUUCAGCAUGAAGAUCUCAAAGGAUGUAUACGAUUAAAUAGAAUAAGAAAUCAUAUUAUCUUUACUAUUGAAUCAGUGGGAACAUUAUUACCAUCUGUAUUAUUUGUAGAAGCAAUUAAAAUACUUAAAGGAAAGUGUAAAACAUUUUUAGAAGAACUUGAACAUAUUGGAAAAUAACUAAAAUUAAUAUUAUUUAUAAUUAUAAUAAUAAAUAAAUAAUUAUAUAUAAUAUAUAAUAAUAAUAAAUAAAUUUUAAAUUAA